AUCAUUGAACAAUGAAUCUCUUUCUCUAUCGACUAACUAGUUUCAGAUUUUCAUGUGAUUCAAGUUAUGAAGUUAUGAUUUGCCAAUGCACUCAACUCCUUAUAUAAAGUACUAUAGGUUGGUUAAAAAUUUGUGGUAAUUAGUAAUCCGAAUGGGUGUGAACUAUUUACUUGGAUAAUGAUUGAAUCAUAUCGCGCACGAGGUCACUUUCUUUAAAGAGUAUUUCGACCAUAUUCCAAGCUCUUGAGUUACACGAAAUCCCUUUGUAGGAUAAGACACACAAAGUUUCAUUCUUGUUCUAGACUAAGAUACAAGAAUAACAAAUAGAGUUUUAAUGCUUAUAUGUGUUUUUUCAAAGAUCUUUGAUAAUCAUUGAACAAUGAAUCUCUUUCUCUAUCGACUAAUUAGUUUCAGAUUUUCAUGUGAUUCAAGUUAGGAAGAUAUGAUUUGCCAAUGCACUCAACUCCUUAUAUAAAGUACUAUAGGUUGCAAUGGUUAGUGUCAACAAUUGCAAUGGUUAGCACCAAUAUUUUCAAUAUUUAACAAAGAGUUACAAUCAUUAAUACCAAUAGUUGCAUUGGUUAGCCAAAAGUCACAAUGGUUCAUCGCCAAAGGCUUUAAUCAUCUACGGUUGCAAUGAUUUGUCACCAAAAGUUGCAAUAGUUUGUCACCAAAAGUUGCAACGGUACAUCACUAAUAGUUAUAUUCACAAACAGUUGCAUGUGUUCAUCUAAACAAUUAUAAUGCUUCACUUUAAUAGUUCUUUGAUGAUCAUUGAACAAUGCUUAUAUGUGUUUCUUCAAAGAUCUUUGAUGAUCAUUGAACAAUGAAUCUCUUUCUCUAUCGACUAACUAGUUUCAGAUUUUCAUGUGAUUCAAGUUAUGAAGUUAUGAUUUGCCAAUGCACUCAACUCCUUAUAUAAAGUACUAUAGGUUGGUUAAAAAUUUGUGGUAAUUAGUAAUCCGAAUGGGUGUGAACUAUUUACUUGGAUAAUGAUUGAAUCAUAUCGCGCACGAGGUCACUUUCUUUAAAGAGUAUUUCGACCAUAUUCCAAGCUCUUGAGUUACACGAAAUCCCUUUGUAGGAUAAGACACACAAAGUUUCAUUCUUGUUCUAGACUAAGAUACAAGAAUAACAAAUAGAGUUUUAAUGCUUAUAUGUGUUUUUUCAAAGAUCUUUGAUAAUCAUUGAACAAUGAAUCUCUUUCUCUAUCGACUAAUUAGUUUCAGAUUUUCAUGUGAUUCAAGUUAGGAAGAUAUGAUUUGCCAAUGCACUCAACUCCUUAUAUAAAGUACUAUAGGUUGCAAUGGUUAGUGUCAACAAUUGCAAUGGUUAGCACCAAUAUUUUCAAUAUUUAACAAAGAGUUACAAUCAUUAAUACCAAUAGUUGCAUUGGUUAGCCAAAAGUCACAAUGGUUCAUCGCCAAAGGCUUUAAUCAUCUACGGUUGCAAUGAUUUGUCACCAAAAGUUGCAAUAGUUUGUCACCAAAAGUUGCAACGGUACAUCACUAAUAGUUAUAUUCACAAACAGUUGCAUGUGUUCAUCUAAACAAUUAUAAUGCUUCACUUUAAUAGUUGCAAUUAUUCACUUGAAUAUCCAACAAAGGUGUUCUGUCUCCUGCAAGGGCAAGCAAAGUGAUUAAGCAAACUGAUGGACUACGGGGUCUAUUCAAAAAUUACGUUUAGAGUUUAAUUUAAAGUUUAAGGAAGAAAUGAAUGAGUAUUUGUAUGAGAUUUAAAGAUGGAAAAGAGGUUGGGUUCGGUUAGAUUUUUGAAUCUGGAUAUUUUCCCAGCCCUUCUAAGCAUGUCAUCAAACUCAUUUCACAAUGUCUCCAUCCAACAUUUUGAAAUCAACCUUAACCUAAUAUAUCGUUGUCUACAGCCUUUAUCUCCUUUCCCCCGAAAAAACUAUUCCUUUUAAAUAUAAAAAUAAAUAAUAGAAAAGAUACAGAAUAUCUACCACGCCUAAAUAAGAAUAAAUAAAAUAAAAUCUUCAUUUACCAACAAAAAAGCAAAAAAAUAAUAUUUUUCUCUAUUAGCCUUAAAAUCUGAUUUCCUACUCUCUUUCUCUCUAGAAUUAAACAAUUUAACAUCUCUUUCUCUCUCUCUCUUCUCGCACUCUUCUCUGGUCUCCUGAUCGUCUUCACAAAGGAGAGAUAAAUGGAGGAGCCGAAAUGGUUGGAAGGUCUCUUAAGAACAAAGUUCUUCAACAUUUGCCCUCGUCACCGCGAGACAUCGCGCAAUGAAUGCAACAUGUUCUGUCUCUCUUGUCAAAACGCUCCGUUUUGUAUCUACUGCCGCUCCUCCCUCCACAUUGAUCAUCCCAUCCUUCAGAUAAGAAGAUCGUCGUAUCAUGAUGUGGUUAGAGUAUCGGAGAUAGAGAAGGUAUUGGACAUAAGAGAAGUGCAGACUUAUGUCAUUAAUAGCGCGAGGGUUCUCUUCAUAAACGAGAGACCUCAGCCUAAGAAUUCCUCUCAUGGCGCCGCGUCCUCCACCACAACCAAAACCAUUUCCUACUUCUGCGAGACUUGUUGCAGAACGCUUCUUGAUCCCUUUCGCUUCUGUUCCUUGGGUUGCAAGGUUGAAGGAAUGAGGAAGAAUAAGGAAGAUGAAGAAGAGAGAUUGCGUAAAGAAAGACAACAAGAAACGCACAAAGGCACGCAUCCUCCAACUCAUAGGACCUCAAAUUCUAGGCGACGAAAAGGCAUUCCUCAUAGAGCUCCUUUUGCCUCCUAAUUUAAUCAAUAUUUUUUAAGAAAAAAAAAAAACAUUACUUUAGUUUACUUCCUCCGUUUCAAUACAGAUGAUGUUUUAGAAAGAUUAUUUUGUUUGAAUUUACAUGAAGUUUUGAGAUUUUAAGUUUAGCUUUAAUUUUAUUGGAAACUGUUCAACCAAUUAGAUUUUACAGUCUUUUUAUAAUUGGUUAACUAAUUUUAAAAUUAUAUCUUUAAAAUAUUUUUUUUAGAAAAAUGUAGUUUUCUUAAUCUUUGUGCACUAAAGCAAAACAUCAAAUAUUAUGAAACAGAUGAAGUAUUUAAUAUGCGUAUUGGGUGAGUGUUUAUAUAUUCUCUAUUUGUACAAUGUCCAGCUCACUUCUCACAAUCAUCUCACAUGGAAACAGCAAUUUGUAUAGAACAAAAUCGUAAAUUCACCUUUGUGUGAACAUUUUUCUUUUAAUACCUUUUUGUGCACUCCAUAUUUCAUUUUAAAGCAUUUUAUACAAAAUUUGGUAAAGGAAGGAAAACCAUGAAAAUUAGGUAAGACGACUUAGCUAUAGACGAUAUGUCGGUGGAGAUAUCUGUACAUUUAUAUUCUUGUAAUGAUAAUCAAAUUAUUAAUCUAUGUGGUGGUUUGAAGUUACCUGUCACUAGACGGCUAGCUACUGAAUAUUUUACUCAAGCCUGAAAUUUUGUUGAGUUACUAUGUACUCUCUCUUUUUUGUCAUUUUAAGAGGUGUUUAUAGUUUUUGCACAAACAUUAAAAAAAUAUAAAGUUUUAUGUAAUUUGUUUUGGUUACAUAAAAUAACAUUAAAUAAAACUAAUUCAAUCAAUAAAAAAAUAUGCAGUAUUUUAUAAUUGGUCAAAAAUUUAAAAUAACAUUAAAUUCCAUUUAGAAUUGUGAAAACAUCGCUUAUUUCGAAACAAAAUCAAAAUCCUUAAACAUACGGAGACGGAGGGAGUAUAUGUUUAAUAUAAGAGUUAGUAUUUGUGGGGUUUAGGGCUCAAUAAUUGUGUAUUUAAAUAUUUGUUUUUAAAAGAAAAUAUUUAAAUAUUUGUUGGAGGGACAUGAAUGUGUACAUGUUUUGUAUAGACACAUGAAAUGUUUCUCUGCUUGUUUUCGAACUUUAAUGUUUAAGCUGAUAUAUGAUUGACAUAGUUUGUUGUAGGCGUUAGGUAUUCGAAAGGUAGAGAGUUACUUGAAAAAGAAAUCAAACCUUUACUUAUUUAGAUGAUAUUUUUUCUUCUCCACUAUAACAAUCCUCUAUAUAUUAAUUGAGUAUCAUUUUAAAAGUUGUAACUUUAAGUUUGUAUUAAUUAAAAAGAGACUCUGUUUAGAUGUCACUUAAUUAGGAUGUCAAUUUAACUUACGUGUCAGCUUAAGAAUUAAUUAAAAAAAUAUUGAAUCAAAUCCAAUUAUUAGGAAACAUUAUAUUAAUCUAAAAUAUAAGAAUCAUGUAUUUUUUCUUUAAUAAAAGCUACGAAAGUACCUAA